UUUAGCUAAUAAAGACGACAUGGGAAACAUGCAACUUCGACCUGUGCGCUGAAGCAGCCAAGAACAGCGGUUCAAAGCAAAGAUAUGCACAGAACAGGCCUUGCAUGUUUCAGUAGCUCGUAAAUAACACGUGACUGGCCGAAUCUGGGAGAUAAGGAACUGAGAGGAGACGACAGCCAGGCGCCUGCCAGGAGGAAGAGAAAAACAAAUAGCAAAUCAUGCGGGGAACACGAAUCGGGUGAUGAUUGGGGAAUAAAAGGGCCUCCCCUUUUAGCAAGAAAUACUAUAUAAUCAGGAAAUUCUGUAAUAAAGUUGAUUCUGUACUUGCACCCUACUGAGUCCGUGCCUGUCUUACACCACAAAUGGCACCCGAACCGGGACUUGAAAAAUAGAAGAAGGAAAAGCAGCAACGAUAAUUACUGGUAGUGUACCGCUGCGUAGCUGGACAGAGGAAAUUGCAUCGAGCGCUCACAUUCAUCACCGGUCACUGGACGGCACAGGUGAGCAGCCGCAGGGAAGUCUUUUAGACUGUUGUUUUUACAUUAUGGGACAGUCAGCAACUAGAGAACAGAAGUUGCAUACAGAGAAUUUACAACGUAUUUAACAAGAGCAAGGUUUUAAGGUCGCUCCGCUGCAGUUGGUGAGGUUGCUUGUAUGGAUUCGGGACUGUUGCCCAUGGUUCCCUGUUAAAGGCUCAUAUGAUCUCACUCAAUGGCAGAAGGUUGGAGAGGAGCUGCAAACUAAGCAGCUUUUGCAGUUGGAGCUCCCCGAUGGUAUAUUGAUUACCUGGCGUGUGGUUUAUACUGCUCUCAGGACUCUGGUACCUGCUGAACAGGUAUUGCAGAAAGUGAAUGACUCCGUAUUACCACCCGCUGAGACAAAUACGAGAAAAGAAUCUUGUUCGUUUGAAUUAAUAGAUCCUGAGCUGGAGCCAGACAAUGCUGAGGUGGCGGCUGAACCUCCGUUGUCGGAGGGCGGAGCAGACCCUGGGGAUCCUUUUGAUCCGGGUCCUGUUGAUCCUGAAUGAGAGCUGGAUUUAUAUCCCCUGCUUAGUCCUGUAAAAGCAAUGGCUGCUUCUGCCCCCACGGCAGAAGAGAUUUUGCAACAACAGAGACAAAAGACUCUUUCAUGGAUAUCUUUGAUGCACCCGCCCCCUUUUGCGCCUCCCCCUCCGAGUUACCAAUUACAAGGAACUGUUCACUCUAAAAUCUCGGGUGGACUGCUUGACGAGUGCCAGACAGAGGCACUAAAAAGAGGGGACAUAUCACUUCUUCAAGACAUGCCUGUGUUGUAUCGACUGAAUAGACCCCCCAAAUACACUCAUUUACCAUAUGAUGUGAUAAAGGAGGUGCGCAAAUCGAUAAAGGAAUAUGGAUUGCAGGCAUCAUUCACAAUGAAUUUGUUACAGGCUAUAGGAGAAUCUUACGUAUUGACACCCUUAGAUUGGAAAUCCAUCCUACGUCUUGUGUUGUCUACAGCACAGUACUCUGUGUGGUUUUCAGAAUACCGUGAGCUGGUGCAAGCUCAGGUGAUGGACAAUUUGACAGCGGGAACUGCUAUUGGUCUUGACAAAUUAAUGGGAGAAGGGAAUUAUGCUACGGGGGCAGCAAAGGCUGGAUUGUCACGGAAUGUUUUUACCCAAGCUGCAGGGUUAGCCUUGAGAGCACUCCGACGGGUGCCGGAUUUCGGUAAGUGGGAGUCAUCAUUUGCUUCCAUUCGUCAGGGACCUCAGGAGCUAUAUGUACAAUUUUUGGAUCGUUUACAAACUGCUAUACAAAGACAGGUAGAGUCUUCCGAAGCAGCAGAAUUGUUAUUGUUUCAGCUUGCUAUUGAGAAUGCAAACACGGACUGCAGGAGAGCCAUUGAUCCUAUUCGUAAUCAAGCAAAAACUUUGAAUGAUCUUAUUAGAGCAUGCCAAAACAUGGGCUCUGAGCAACAUAAAGCGGAUAUGCUAGCCACUGCCUUAGCUCAACAGUUGGCAGUUGACCGAGCUGCUACUAAAUGUUUCUCCUGUGGUCAGGAAGGGCAUGUGAAGAAAGGUUGUCCAAAAGCAAGAAGAAGAGGACGAGGACAAGGAGGAGAGGGAAGACAACCUGCUCAAUUAUGCCCUCGUUGUCAAAAGGGAUACCAUUGGGGUAAUCAAUGUCGUUCUAAGUUUGACAAACAGGGCAAUCCGCUCCCUAAGAAUACCUCGGGAAACGGGAGGAGGGGUGCGAGGUCUGGCGCCCCGAGAAUACACAACAGGACCCAGCCCCCGCCAGCACAGUCCUUGACAUGGCCGGCACAAAUAAGUGAGACGAACACUGGCAACCCACUACAGUCAGGUCUCUCAGACCAGCCACAGCAGGCAGCACCGGGCUGGACCUGGCCACCAGUCAAUCCACAGUAAUUCGAGAUCAGUCAGUACAUCUAGUGCCUACAGGAGUGUAUGGACCUUUGCCUAAGGGUUUAUGUGCCUUAUUGCUUGGUCGUUCCUCCACUUCCAGAGCAGGUUCAUUUGUUUUGCCUGGGGUCAUAGAUUCCAGUUAUACUGGGGAAAUAAAAAUUAUGGUUUGGACCCCUACGCCACCUUGUACUAUACCUAUUGGAGAGCGAAUUGCACAAUUGCUUUUGCUGCCCAACACACAAAUUCAAACUGAAAGUUCCGCCCGUGUUGGCGAAAGGGUGUCCUCUGGGUUUGGUAGUACAGGUCUGCCUCGCAUUUUUUGGACAUAGAAGAUUACCACGGGACAACCAAUGUUGACUUGUAGAAUAAACGGUCGGGUGUUCACUGGCCUAGUGGACACCGGAGCGGACGUUUCUGUUAUCCAACGAUCAGACUGGCCACAGGAAUGGCCCUUAGUACAGGCAUUUGCUGCUGUUACUGGAAUUGGAGGGACACAAAUACCUUGGCAGAGUAUGCAUUCCUUGAUUGUGGAAGGUCCUGAAAACAAACAAGCGGUUUUAAACCCAUAUGUUUUAACUGUGUCAUGUACUUUAUGGGGUUGCGAUCUCUUGCAACAAUGGAACAUGACAAUAACAACACAUUUUUAACAUGGGCCACUGACAUUCAGCCGUGACUCAAACUGACUUGGUUAACAGAUAAGCCAGUAUGGGUAGAUCAGUGGCCUUUGAAAGGUGAGCAGCUAGAAAGGGUUCAUGAAUUGGUGUAAGAGCAGCUACAAUUAGGCCAUAUUGUUCCCUCCACGAGCCCUUGGAAUACUCCUAUAUUUGAUAUUCCUAAAAAAUCUGGCAAAUGGAGAUUGUUGCAGGACCUCCGGGCUAUUAAUGCAGUGAUGGCACCUAGGGGGGCCUUGCAACCAGGAACUCCUAAUCCCACUAUGAUUCCAGACAAUUGGCAUUUGAAGGUUAUUGACUUAAAAGAUUGCUUUUUUACCAUUCAUUUACAUCCUGAAGAUUGUGUUCAUUUUGCCUUUUCGGUUCCUGUGAUUAAUAAUGAUAGACCCAUGCAACGUUUUCAUUGGGUGGUUUUACUGCAAGGAAUGAAAAAUAGCCCAACUAUAUGUCAAAUUGUUGUUAGUGAGGCCUUGUCAAAUAUUCGCAAAACAUAUAAUGUAAUCAUGUUAUAUCAUUACAUGGACGAUAUUUUGUUGGCUGUGGAAACUGAAUCAUCUCUUUCCCGAGUUUUUGACAGUGUAGUAGCUGAGCUUCAAUAUGGUCUCCAAAUUGCGACGGAAAAGGUACAGUCACUUCCUCCAUGGAAGUAUCUCAGCUUGAAACCUCUUGAUUCGUACGUAUAACCACAAUCUGUAUGACUUGCUACUACAGUGAGUACUCUAAAUGACUUACAGAAGUUGUUGGGGACAAUUGACUGGCUUUGACCACUGUUGGGAAUAACGACACACAAACUAACCCCCGUGUUUUCAUUGUUGAAGGGCAAUCCUGAACUAACUUCUCCUAGACAAUUGACAAAAGCAGCCCAAUUGGCGCUGCAGACAGUGAUAGAUAAAAUUAAUUUUACGUUUGCUCAUCAAAUUUCUCUACAAUUGCCAGUUCGAUUGUUUAUCAUUUAUCUUUCAACCAUAUGCUCUCCUAGGUCAGUGGGACGUGCAGGUGCAGAAGGAAGAGCAUGCUUUACACAUUUUAGAGUGGUUAUUUUUGCCACAUUCUUUUGCAAAAAUGUUGACCACUGCCCCAGAAAUGAUUGCUGGCCUUCUUUCACAAGGUCAUUUGAAAUGUCAACAAUUAAUAGGACAAGAUCCUACCUUCCUUCAUCUACCAUUAACCAAAGAAAAAUUUCAUGUUGUAUUGUGUAAUAGUUUGACUUUUCAGGCUGCAUUGGCUGAUUAUACUAAUGUUGGUUUGUAUUCUUUGCCACGCCAUCUUUUAUUAGGUUCUCUACACUGUUUACCUCUCCAAUCACGGUCUUUGUUGAGUUCUGUUCUCUACAAAAUGCUCGUACUGUAUUUAUCGAUGGUUCUGGCAAAACAGGUCCCUAUUGGAUCCCUGCAAGGAAUGUAAAGCCAGCGCAAGUGAAAAUGCAUACUAAAGAUGAACAGGAUGAUAAGAAACACCAAGAUGAUGUUGCAUCUGGGAUUGAUCAACCUCACAAUUAAGAUAUGGUGGCUUAUAGAGUUGCUAUUAAUUAUUUUUGUAUGCAAUAUUCUGCUAUGCAGGAAUAGGGCACUGUUAGGGGGAGGUGGAAUAGUGAUGCUGAUGCUGAUCCAGUGCACAAUGGUGCAACAUGUUUAUUGGGCUCGCAUUCUGGAUCCUCCCAUGUUUUGACCUUUAACGUGGUGGGACGCUACACCACCUCUCAGUAAUAAUGAUACUCAACGGACGGGAGGUGUUUGGGUGCCCCCUCCUCCAAAUAAUGGUAAUGAUUCAUUUAAAGGUAAUAAUACUGAAUUUGUCACAGACUUUCCUCCAAUAUGCAUAACCACAGAUAACGCCACAACUGAUUGUGUAUGGAUUAAGCAACAACAACACUUAAUAGCUUUAAGGGAUACCAAGGGAAGUAAUCUUACUAUUGUUACACUCCCAGGAUUAGCAUCGUUGGAAUUGCUCAGUAAUAGUUCUAAGUAUCAAGAACAUGCUCCAAGUUCUCCACAGUGUAUCAUGCAUAAAUUAGAUUAUAUAGAUCUAUAGCUCAGCUUGGAUGGAAACCUUGUCGAGGAAAGCAACCUCACAGACAGGCUACAACAUAUGGGGGAAUUAUUGACUGGGGCCCGCAUGGAACUUUUUGGGAUCCGAGGAGUAAUGUUACAGCCCUUGCAUUUUCCAAAGCUAACCAUUCUUUGGUGUGGCAUGAUGGAGGCUCGGCGGGUCCCAUUUUGCAGAUGUAUUGUAAUGAUAGUUUUAACACAUCAGAUUUAUCUUUUUCCCUGGCCCAUUCAAAUAUUUGGCAGAUGGGCCUUCCCUUUUUUAAGCGACAAUUAUAUCAAGUACUAAUGAUGGAGAAUGCAACUAAGGCUAAUGUAAUGCUUUUGUCUGAAGCAGAAAUCAUGGUUCUGCGCAACCCAUCCUUAUCUUUUUGCUCUAACCUCCAAUGCUACUAUUCUAUCAUGUAAUGGAUCUUUUUGUAUUACCCUGUCUUCACCAGACUCUAGGAGUUGUGUAACUUUUAGCGAUUUACAAAAUAAGUCUUAUCGUUUUCCUCUUCGAUGGCAUGCUGAGUUAUGGUUACCAGUGAACCUAACAAGACCGUGGGAAGGUGAAGAUGGUUUGACCCGAUUUGCUAGAAUCUUAGAACAAGAAGUAGGAGAAAGCAGAAAAAGAGCUAAGCGGUUUUUGGGAGGGUUGAUAUUUGCAAUAAUUUCUGCAGUUAUUAUCUUAGCCUAUACUGCUACAGUAUAGAUCCCUUACGCAAUCUGUUAAAACUGCACAUAUGGUCGGAGAAGCUCUGACAAGCAUAACUGAGGAGUUCCAAAUUCAAGAAAAAGUGACGAAGAGGUCUUAUCUCAACUACAAGCUUUAGAAGCUACAGUGAUGUGGCUGGGAGAUUGGCAGGAAGCACUAAAAACCCGAGUGAAUUUGCAGUGUGACUGGGAACAUAAACAUAAGGCCUUGUGUGUCACGCCUCUUCUAUGGAAUGACACUCAGCAUGAUUGGAAUUUUGUGAAACAACUUUUACAGUGGGCAUUUGAUUUAUCUCUUCAACAUAAUAUUCAAUCUUUACAUGAUCAAUUGAGGGACCAUGUUAAAAAAUCACAGGAACUAACGAGUCAAAGUGUAUUCGACACAUUAAAAAAUGACCUAUCAUGGCUAAAUCUGAAAACUUGGUUUAGUGGUUUAAAUCUUCGAAUGUGGGUUUUUAUUGGCAUAGGCACUGCGUCGUUUUUCUUGUUCUUGGUGUUUUUACAGAUCCUAUGGUCAGCUAUCCGACAAGUGCAGAAGGCAGAAGCACGUGUUAUGGCCACACUGUUGCUCAACGGGGUUGUCAUAAACAAAAAAGGGGGAGAUGUGGAGAACAACGCUUUAGCUAAUAAAGAUGACAUGGGAAACGUGCAACUUCAACCUGUGCGCUGAAGCAGCAAAGAACAGCGGUUCAAAGCAAAGAUAUGCACAGAACAGGCCUUGCAUGUUUCAGUAGCUCGUAAAUAACACGUGACUGGCCGAAUCUGGGAGAUAAGGAACUGAGAGGAGACGACAGCCAGGCGCCUGCCAGGAGGGAGAGAAAAACAAAUAGCAAAUCAUGCGGGGAACACGAAUCAGGUGAUGAUUGGGGAAUAAAAGGGCCUCCCCUUUUAGCAAGAAAUACUAUAUAAUCAGGAAAUUCUGUAAUAAAGUUGAUUCUGUACUUGCA